GCCCAACGUGUCAGAUGUGCUCACGGACUACACACACCGAUUGCUAGUAGUUUCAAAGAAGAGGCACGCUAGACGCACGCCGAACUGGUUUGUUUUAAGCGGUUAUUUAUUCGUAAUGGAUAAUAUUAAAGACGGCUGGUUCACUGAGACGUGCACGUUAUGGCCUGGUCAAGCGAUGAGUCUUCAGGUAGAAGAGGUUCUGUAUCAGAAAAAGUCCAAAUUUCAGGAUGUGUUGGUGUUUAAAAGUAAGACCUAUGGCAACGUCCUGGUGUUGGAUGGCGUGAUCCAGUGCACGGAACGAGAUGAAUUUUCUUACCAAGAAAUGAUCGCCAACCUCCCGCUGUGCUGCCACCCUUGCCCUAAGAAGGUUCUGAUCAUCGGCGGAGGAGACGGCGGGGUGCUGAGGGAAGUGGUGAAGCAUCCGAUGGUCGAGUCUGUAGUUCAGUGUGAGAUUGAUGAGGAUGUCAUUAACGUUUCGAAGAAGUACCUCCCUGGAAUGGCGAAGGGAUUUUUUAGCCCCAAGCUGACUCUGAAUGUAGGAGACGGUUUCGAGUUCAUGAAGAAGAAUCAGGAUGCUUUCGACGUCAUCAUCACGGACUCCUCAGACCCUGUUGGCCCAGCAGAAAGCCUGUUCAAAGAAUCCUACUACCAGCUCAUGAAAACGGCGCUGCGUGAGGGUGGAAUUCUUUGCUGUCAAGGAGAGUGUCAGUGGCUUCACUUGGAGCUGAUCAAAGAAAUGCGCAUCUUCUGCAAGUCUCUGUUCCCUGUAGUGGACUACGCUUACUGCACCAUCCCUACGUACCCGAGCGGCCAGAUCGGCUUCAUGCUCUGCAGUAAAAACUCGGACACGAAUUUCCGUGAGCCAGUACGGGAGUUGACGAGGGACGAGAUCGAGAGCAUGGACCUCAAAUAUUACAACCCUGAAAUCCACCGAGCUGCUUUUAUUCUACCUGAAUUUGCCAGAAAGGUCCUAAGUGAAGUGUAACUGGAUUCUCACGUACCAUCUUGUCUUACCGCUGCUUUGUGAAAUCAGGGCGAUGCCGUUAGCGCAGCUGCUGUGUGUGGGUAUGAGUGUGUGGUUGUGUGUACCGCCUCUCUCUCUCUCUCUCUCUCUCGGUCAAGAAAAGGGAAUUUAUGUGCAUUUUGCACAGUUUUCACUCCAAUCUCCUAAACACUUAGUGAUUUUUUUUUUUUUUUUUUUUUUUUUAAUUAUUAUUAUUUUUUUUUAUUUAUUUGCUUUUUGUUUCUAUCUAUACAUCAUCCACACUGUCAGUUUCUUACAGUUUACAACCAAGUGCCAGAAAUGUCUCAUCGUACGCGUUACGUGACCUGGGAUACGACAGUCAUAGUGAGAUCAAUACAAACAUUACACUUAUUUUGUGUUACAUUCCACUUCGGCUCGGUCCUGAGCUUUUCAUUUUUCCGUUUUCUGGAAUAGCGAUCAAACUGAAGACGCAGCGUUUGAGUCCUGUGGCUGUUGGACCGUGAACGUGCUUUGUUAAGGAUUUUGAUUAAACUGAGAGAUGGCAGAUUGAUGGCUAUAGUACAGUAGAGAGUUAACAAACAUUGAAAUGCUCAUAGUAAAAUAAGCUAAUACAAAUUAACGUGAGGUUCAAAAGUUACAAGUAAAUCUGCAUCAUUAUGAUUAACUAUGAAUUGAUACAUAAGGUUUUUUUUUUUUUUUUUUUUUUGUGAGAAAUUUAAGCCUUAUCCUUAAUCCUUCUCCUGAAACGGUUUGGGCUGAGUAAGGUGCCGUGUUUUACUUCUCUUGCUUCUCUUACUUCACAAAUUGUAACGUUGCAAGCGCCUUGGAUAGAAUGAACAUAUUUUGUAUAGAACUUUCUGAACUGUGUGCCGUAUCGAUAUCAAUGGUGUGCUCAAAAUGUAUUUAGUGUCUAACUUGGCUUUAGGUCAUGAUUUCAGAAAGAAUGUGAACUCUGUAGACUCACAACUCAUGCUCUUUUGUGCUGAUGUGAAAUGUGGUUUUAGGUUCCCAACAAUAUCCAAUGAGAGGUCCGGUCACCCCAACGAGUUAAAUCAUUGUGAUCAGUUUUUAGAAGUGUAACUUUUAGGACCCAUGGAUUUAGGCCAUCCUCAUGUACCUGUUGUGUUGCUAUAAGCAGAGAUGUUUCCUUUUUUUUUUUUUCUCCCCCCCAUUAACUGGUAUCAAUAAAUUCAAGUUCAUUUUGUGAAAUCUGUAACAUGAUUUGAAAUAAUAAAAUGCAUAACAAAUGA